UGAAUUGCUAAGAGAUAUAUUAAGCAUGAUAUAUGAUAUAUUUAGAUAAUCUGAAGGACAUAGGAUUGUUCAUUUAAAAACUUGCCAUUUUAAACAUUUUUAAACAAUUAUUUCAACAAACCUGAAUGGUUAAAACAUUUUUUUGCUUACAGUUUUCAGUAAGGGCAAAUCAUUAAUAACUAAAAUCACUUUAUUGACAACAAGGUCAUAUGCAUACCAGUUCACAAUACAAAGGAUUUAUUUUUAGUCUCGGAGUAUCAUUUGCAGUUGUUUGAAAUGACGUGCCACAGACAUCAUCUUUAUAACUUAUGUCUGUUGUACGCUUCAGUGAUUUUAUUUGUUAUAGCGGCGAGACAACACAUCAACUUUCUCUAUUCAACCUAUGACAAAAUGACAAGCCCAAAAAGGAAUAAUACAAAUAUGGAAAACAAGGAGAUUAAUUCUGAAAGGACUAAUGAAGCAGACAUCAAUGUGGAAUAUAACGAUCCAACAAGAAUACAUAUUGAAAGAAAUAAAAGCUUGGAUGAUCUGAAGCUUGAAAAACUAAAGCAGAUUGAAAAAGAAAUCAAAAACAAAUAUGGGUUCGUAAUAAAGGCCAGUGAUUUUGAAAAGUAUGGUAAAGCUCGGAAAGAGGACUGUUUACCUGGAACGAUGAAAAGACCCCCUGAUAUAAUCAUCAUCGGUGUACAAAAAUGUGGUACCGCUGUGCUAAGAUCAAUGCUUGCAAUGCAUCCGACGAUCGCUGCUCAGCGUAAGGAGGCCCAUUUUUUCAAUCGUAGUUACCGGGAAGGUGUACCAUAUUAUCUAGAACAACUUCCAUGUAGUAAACCCAAUCAGCUGACUUUAGAGAAAACUCCUGCUUAUUUUGAUUUGACAGAUCCGGCUCUAUUGUACGCCUUUAAUCCAAAUAUGAAGUUGAUCCUAAGUGUUUGUGAUCCAGUAAACAGAACAAUAUCAGCUUUUGUCCAUGAGAAGAGGAUGGGUCAUAUACCAUUAGAAAGAUCUUUCACCGAAGAAAUCCUAACCAAGGAUGGGGCAAUCAAUGCAAGUGUUAAUAUAACAAAAAGAAGCAACUAUCUAGCACCAAUAACAAAGUACCACAGGUAUUUCCCACCAAGUCAACUAUAUAUUCACGAUUAUGAUCUAACGAAACAAAAACCUUGGGAAGGUUUAAAUAAAAUAGAGAAUUAUCUAGGUAUUGAUAACAUUUUUACACAAUCAUCAUUUUGGUUCAACAAUAAUGCACAAGUAUUCUGUCUCGACCCUCCUGCUCUAAAUCUCACAAAAGAAAAACUGAAAACACAAAAUAUGUUUGAAGAUGGCUGCAUGAAUUAUUUCUAUAAAGAACACAUGCCCAAGCCAAAGGUCAGUGAAAAGAUUUUGAAAAUGUUGCGUCGACAUUAUGGAAUAUACAGCACAGCAUUUUCAAUGAUUGUGAGGAAAAGUUUUAAUUGGUCUCCAACAGUAACGGAUUGGUUGCAUCCCGACCAUCAUCCUGAGCGAUGGUGAUCUAUGGUUCAUGUUAUCAUUUACCUCACUGAUAUUCUUAUUGGUCCAUAAUUACAAAUAUCCUAAAUUUACCUACCGUUUCAUGUUAUUGUUUCGCUGCUGUAUGAAGUUUGCUCCUGGGUGAACAUCAGUGCCGUUGAUCACCAAUUUCUUCAUCAAUUCGAGGUUGGCCCGAUUGACACGCUCUGGAUAUGUAAGGACUUUUGCUACAUGAAUUGGUACUGCCACCU